GCACCGGGUCGAUAGGUUAAAAGUUCCGCUAAGCUUUGGUUAAGUGAACUGCAGUAACAUUGUCGCGGAAAGAGCAAUACCAGAUGCAUAGCGCGCCAUGAUUUCGCCUCCUUUGUCAUGGCGAUUUUCCUCAGGCGUAAAGGUUACAUCUUCUUCCGGCCUCAAACCCUAGUGUCGGUUUUCUUCCAGAGGAACAAUUGUACACUUGCUGAGGGAGACAUGGGCGAAAAUUCUGUCCUGCCUCCAGUUGAUACAUCGAAAUGGAAAAAGAUAAACGCUACUGCAGUUGGCAUCAAAGGUUCCAUGAUCUCGCCAUCCUCAUGGACUGUCUUAAGAGUCCUCAGAAAUCAAGGUUUCGAGGCCUACCUGGUUGGUGGGUGUGUACGGGAUUUAAUACUAAAUAGAGUGCCAAAAGAUUUCGAUGUGAUCACCACAGCUAAUCUUAAGGAGAUCCGGCGGCAGUUUAAUCGUGCUCAGAUCGUUGGAAAACGUUUUCCUAUAUGCCAUGUGUGGAUAAGAGGUUCUAUAACCGAGGUAUCCAGUUUUGAUACUGUGGCACAGACUGCUGGUGACGAUGAAAAUGAUAUAGAGAGAGGCGAAGGUAAGGGCAGCGUUCCAGAGAAUGCUGAAGAAAAUGAGAAACUUACUCUCCCUAAGAUGCUCCGUGGCUGUAAUGAAAAGGAUAUCAAUCGUUGGAGGAACAGCAUGCAUCGUGACUUCACGAUUAAUAGUUUAUUCUUCGAUCCCUUUGAUUUUAAAAUCUACGAUUACUCAAAUGGAAUAGAAGAUUUAAAGGCCCUAAGGCUCCGUACUCUAAUCCCCGCGCAACUGUCUUUCGAAGAAGAUUGUGCCAGAAUUCUCAGGGGCUUAAGAAUUGCUGCUCGCUUGGAUCUAUUAUUUUCAAAGGAUAUUGAGACCGCAAUACCUAAAUUUGUAUACUCUAUUGCAAGUUUGGGCCCGGUUAGGCUAAUGAUGGAAAUGAACUACAUGCUUUCUUAUGGGGCUGCUGGGCCUUCCAUCCUUUUGCUGAGGAAGUUCAGUCUACUUGAACCGUUGCUUCCAUUUCAGGCGGCAUACCUUGAACAGGCUAGUAAAGCAUCUCCUUUGAGGUCCACAAUGCUAAUGAGAUUGCUCUCCAAUGUGGAUAAAUUGGUUUUCUGUGAUCAACCUGCUGAUUGCAGACUAUGGAUUGCACUGUUGGCUUUUCACACCGCGUUAGUACGUGACCCUCAAGAUGCCCUUGUAAUCUCUGCUUUUGGCUCGGUACUCUACCAUGGGCACUGGAAGGAAGCAAUCAGAUAUGCUAGAGAACAUGAAAAAUCACUUGCCAGAUUUUCUCCCGAGGUCUCUGAAUCAUCUGUGAAUAGGUCCGACGAAGAACUUGCAGAAGCAGUUGCCCAGUUCACAUUUUUAUUACAAGACUCCAUAAAUGUUCUGACCGGAGUGGAAGAACUCCAAGAAGUACUUUCCCUAUACCCAGGAACCAAACACUGGGGCCGGGUGUUCAUACCGAAGAGAAAGGCGAAAGAGGUGGCAGGAGCUUUUGAUGAGUUGGUGACUGAUAUAGAGUCCUAUGAAAGUGGAAGGGAGGGGGACUCGAUCAACUAUCUCUCGUUGGGAAAGGGAGAUCCAUGCGAGAUCAGAUUCGUACUCGGGAAAGUUAUUCUCGAUACAAUGACAGAGCCUGUUGCCAUCCAACAAGGCGCUACCAAGACGCAACAUGACAAGAAGCGGAGUCAGUCUAACGUGGUCCAUAAUAAGCAGAGAGAAGCAAUAGUUCCCGAGCCGAAGCAAAAACCUUCAAAGAGGCCGAAACCGGAUGAUAAUAGUACAGCCGCCAAGAAGAUAACUCAACAUGUUCCGGCUCCCGACAAGAAAAACGACAAAUCAACUCCACCCGAUCUGGGAAACAAUCAUCAUCAGAAGGACACGAAACGAGGUCAAGAACCAGAAGCAGCAGUUCAUCCAGAGCGGAGGCGAAAGACAUGGAAGAAGAUCAAACAAGAAGAGUUAACGUUUCCAGCCGGUGGUGGCGAUGCAAUCUGUAACCUUCUAAAUAAGAUAGGUGGGAGAUCAGACACAGCGGUCAACGAGCCGGUCAACGUUGACACAUCUUUGAAAACUAAUAAGUGUAAGAGACCGGCGGCUGCAGUUAAACUCUCCGGUCUCUUUAAGUAGCGAAAGAUUGAGUUUUUUUAGAUUUCCCAUUUCUCACCCUAUAGUUUUUAUCAUUUCUGAAUUGGCCCCUUUAGUGGAGAGAGGAAUUUUGGGCUAGAGAUAUUUAUACAUUUUUUUUUUGCAUAAAUUAAGAUUUUUAUGAUAUA